GCACCAAUGGCAGCAGCGGCUCGCAAGCAGUGCUCGCAUUGCACAAUGCAUUGCAAAUUCGUGCAAGGGGGCACCAAUGUCGACCUGCAAAAGCUUCUCAUUCUGCAGCUGAAAAGAGAAGUCUGCAGGUAGCCUGCCAUGGCGGGCUUCCCCAGGCACGCAGUGACCGGCGUCUUGAGCUGGUUGAUGCGCCAGCACACAACCACAAAGCAUGCAGAGUUUCGCUGCGCAGCCACACUGAUCAGCGCGCAUUGGGAAUUGGAGCCUCUUAAUCCACGCAGCUCAUACUCCACAUCAACAGCUUUCAACAGACCCGGGGUUUUGAGUGAUGUGUUGUGCCGUCCUCAGAAUGCAUUUUGGAGGCAUGCAUCAGCAAAUGCUGCAAGUGAUCAGCGUCGGGGAAUCCAGAGCGAGUGUCUGUACAUCCACCACACUGGGGGGUAUGGCCGGCACUCAGAUGCGGUUCCCAUUGGUUUUGCUUACGCUCUGGAGCGACACGAGCAAGACAUUGGCUUCUUCAGGCCAAUUGCGACAUCGAAAAGUGCCCGGGGGGAGGUGAUCAGCCGGGUUUUGGAGCUCAAGGACGACAACCCAGCAGACACAAUUGCAUUCCACCAGAGCGAAGCAUUUGAGUACCUUGCCACAAACAGAUCCGACGAGUUGCUUGAGAAGAUACUGCAAGCUUACGAGAAGUACAAGAGGCAACACAAGUUUGUACUCAUCGAAGGCACAUCUUUCGGGGAAGUCAACGAGCGCGUCGAUGUGGACGCCCUCAAUGCGCGCAUCUGCUCCAUGCUCGGCGCCCCUGCCAUCUUUGCCAUCAACUGUGCGCGCCUGACGACGCCCUCGGGCGAGUCCGGACCUGCGAAGCUAGCCCCCCGCCAAGUCCCAAAUGUGGAAAAGGAGUUUCAGGAGCAUCUGGUGGCGGCCAGUCGGUUGUCCCAGGCGGCCUUCGCCAAGGAGAACGUGGAAGUGGUCGCGGCGUUGGCCCAUAGAGUGCCCGGGGAUCUGGUGAACACACGGGUGCAAGGGGCGAUGCGCCAACAACUAGGGGAGGCGGGGCUCCUGUACGCGGGCGCCAUACCUGAUGACGACUACAUCAACGCUGCGACGGUGGUGGACGUGCAGCAGGCUCUCGGCGCCGAGAUUCUGUACGGCGGCCAGUCGCCCCCCCAGAUGAACACGGAGGUGACGCAAUACGUGGUGGCCACGCUCAACCUCCAGGAGCUGCUGACGUACUUCCCCAAGCACCUGGAACCCACCAAGGGCGCUGUCGUCAUCACCAACGCGGGCCGGCCUGACGUCAUCCUGGCGAUGCAGGCGCUGCAGAAGACGGCGAAGCUGGCCAACUGCGCAGCGCUUGUCCUCACCGGCGGAGGAGAGCCCUCGAAGGAGAUAGACCUGGUCCUGCGGUCCCACAAGCAGGAGGACUCGCUCCCUGUCCUGCUCGCGCGGCUGCCCACUUUCGAUACCGCAGCAAAGCUGUACGGACUCGAGGGCAGAAUCCUGCCGUCGUCGGAUCGCAAGAUCGAGCGAGCAAAGCACCUCUUCGACUCCAACAUCGACUUCGGCCCCGUCGUGAAGGCGCUGCUCAAGGACCAGCCCACGAAACUGAACCCCAAGCUCUUUGUCUACAAUCUGUACAAGAAGGCCGCCAAAGAUAAGCAACGCAUCGUGCUUCCAGAGGGCACCGAGCCGCGCAUCAUUCUGGCUGCCGCGGAAGCCCUCCGGCGCGGGCUGUGCCAUCCGAUUCUGCUGGGGCCGGAAGAGGAGAUUCUGACGCAAGCGAAACAGUUGCGGGUGGACCUGAGCGAGGCGACGAUCAUCGAUCCGGCAAGCUCGCCGGACCUGGAGAAGUACGUGGAUCUGGUGGUGCAGCAAAGGAAGCACAAGGGGAUGACGCCAGAGCAGGCGCAUCAGCAGCUGACGCAGGACGUGAACGUGUUCGGCACCGCCAUGGUGAAGGCUGGUGACGCCAGCGGCAUGGUCUCGGGGGCCAUACACACCACGGCUAACACAGUGCGGCCGGCCCUGCAGAUCAUCAAGAUGGACCCAGGGAUCCCCGUCGUUUCCAGCGUAUUCUUCAUGUGUCUCCCCGACAAAGUCCUGGUCUACGGCGAUUGCGCCAUCAACACAAACCCCAACGCCGACGAGCUUGCGUCGAUCGCCAUGGCUUCGGCGGACUCUGCAAAAGCGUUCGGAUUGGAGCCACGUGUCGCCAUGCUGUCGUACGCUACUGGCGACUCGAACCAAGGUCCCGCCAUCCAGAAGGUCAUCGACGCCACACGGAUAGCCCAGCAGCAGCGGCCGGAGCUGGCCAUUGAGGGACCCCUUCAAUACGAUGCAGCGGUGAACCCUCAGACCGCGAAGACCAAGCUCAAGGGGCGGGCCAGCAAGGUGGCCGGGCAGGCGAAUGUGCUCAUCUUCCCGGAUCUCAACACCGGGAACAACACGUACAAGGCGGUUCAGCAGUCGACGGGCGCUCUCGCGAUCGGCCCCAUGCUGCAGGGGCUCCGCAAGCCGGUGAAUGACCUCAGCAGGGGCUGCACGGUUGCUGACGUCGUCACCACCAUAUGCCUCACUUCCAUCCAAGCACAGGCGCGAGCGAGCGAAUCGGGGCAAGCGCCUCAAUAGGAGCCUCGAAGCGUUGGACCUCUGCUGGCUGAACAGGUGUCUCACUGUCCGGGUUACCUUUUUUUUGGACGUUGAGCUUGAAGAGCUUACAAUGAUCUGCAAUGAGCUGCACGAGAAUCAGGUUCGCCACAUGUACAUGUAUGUUGAGCAACACGCGUUUGACAGUCAAAUCACUAUAGGCCUGCAAUAUAGAUACGGAUAUAACCAGC